AUGGCAGGUGCCUGUUCGAUGCUGUGCUUGAUUAUCAUCACUAUCUUCCUCCCUCCUCUUGGCGUCUUCCUCAUCUCCGGCUGUGGCGUUGACUUCUGGAUCAACGUCUGCCUCACAAUUCUUGGGUACUUCCCAGGCCACAUCCAUGCAUUCUACCUCGAAUACGUCUACUACCAGCGUCGCGACCGGGAUCCCUUAACCCGCGCCUCGCAACGCCCAGCCCCGGGCGUUUUCUCGGAUCGCAUCCAGAAUGGAGGUCAGGGUCACGGCCACUCGAUCCCUCACCAGAACUAUGGUACCGUUUAG